GGCCUGCGGUUUGAGGUGGUUCCAUCCUGGUUUAAGGAGACACUUGAAAAGUCAUCUUUUGCAGCCCCUUAUGAGUAUGCUGUGGAAACAGCAAAACAGAAAGCUCUUGAGGUAGCAAACAGAAUGCAUGUGAAACACCUGAGAACACCUGAUGUUGUCAUAGGAGCAGACACUAUUGUGACUGUGGAUGAGCAGAUCCUGGAGAAACCAGUUGAUAAGCAAGAUGCCUAUAGGAUGCUGUCAAGGUUGAGUGGGAAAGAGCACAGUGUUUUCACAGGAGUGGCUAUUAUACAUUGCAGUAGUAAAGAUAAUCAGCUAGAGACCGAAGUCACUGAUUUCUAUGAAGAGACUAAAGUAAAAUUUUCUGACCUGUCUGAAGAGCUCUUAUGGGAGUACAUUCAUAGUGGGGAGCCAAUGGACAAGGCUGGUGGAUAUGGAAUCCAGGCCCUUGGUGGAAUGUUAGUUGAGUACGUCCACGGAGACUUCUUGAAUGUGGUGGGAUUUCCUCUGAAUCACUUCUGCAAAAAGCUAGCAGAAUUGUACUAUCCACCCCCUAAACAUAAUGUACAACGUAAAAAGUAUGACUCUAUCCCUUCUGUGGACACUUUUGAGAACCUGAGUGAUGGAGAAAGUGAAUCUUCAAAUUUCACAGAGCACAAGGGUGCUAGUAAGUUGGACAGCAGUGGGAUGUGUUCCUCGGGAGCUAUUUACAAAUCUGAAAACAGUUCUAGCAUCAGAACUGGUUUUGUGAUACCUUUGGAAAAACAGAAUGGAGUGUUGGAAAGUGCAGAUAAACUUCCAUCUAAAAUUCUAGAGCUGAUGGAUGGGUUUAGAGCUUCAAAGGCUCUGUUUGUAGCUUCUAAGCUGAAAGUGUUCGAUCAUCUGAAAGAUAAAGGUCCACUGAAAGCUGCGGAUAUUGCACAUGAGGUUGGAACCUCUGUGUGUGGAACAGAAAGACUCCUUGAUGCAUGUGCUGGUCUUGGGUUACUGGAGAAAACAUCACAAG